UUGCGCCCUACGACAAGGUCAAGCAUCUGCCGUAUCUGCGCGCCUGUCUGGACGAGUCGCUGCGGCUGUUCCCGCCGACGUCGCACGGCCUGCCACGGGAGACGCCGCCAGAGGGGAUGGAGAUCCUAGGCGAGUGGGUGUCAGGCGGCGUGUCAGUGAGCAUGUCAGCGCUGGUAGCCCACCGCGACGAGCGCGUCUUCAAGGAGGCAGACAAAUUCAUCCCAGAGCGCUGGCUGGGCGAGGAGGGCAAAGCCCUGCAGCCGUAUUUUAUCGCCUUCUCGGCAGGCGCGCGCUCCUGUAUCGGGCGUAACAUCUCAUAUCUGGAGCAGACCAAGGCGGUGGCUAGCAUCGUCCAUCGCUACGACUUUGCGUUGCCGCAUCCGGACUGGGAGUUGAAGAGGCUGGAGACGAUGAAUCUGAUUCUGGGAGAGAUGCCGGUGAAGAUAUGGCGGAGGCAGCGGAAUACUGAGGUGGUGGCUUGA